UAAAACCAGCAAACAAAAAUUCGAUUCAGCGCUUCGAACGAACGCUCAAUUUCUCCGAAGGAAGUAAGAAGGAAAAUGAAGGAAAAAGGAAAUUUUCCGAUCGUUUAACCAACUGUUGUUAGUCGACAUGUUUCCGAAGAGAAUUCGAUUCAGUUGAUCAGUUGCUUGUUGGUGUGCUUUUGCGGAAUCAGCUGCUUAGCAAAAUGAAUGGCAGAGGCCGAGUUAGAUGGGACGAGGCUAAUAUUGGAGAAAUUGAAGCAAAUAAACCUGUAAGGCAGAAAAUUACUGAGCCGAAGACGCCAUACCACCCCAUGAUGACCGAUGAUGAGUAUGGAUCACUGUCUCCUAUGCGGGGCGGUACCUUCGAUGAUUGUGUUGGUGAUGCAGAUCAUGCAGAAGCAAUACGAACUGCUUUGAGUGAUGUGGCGUCAUCAAGUAGAAAGAGCACCCAACGGUCUACUGGCUGGACAUCAUCUGAGGAUGAGGCCGAUACUAUGGAACAAGAUGAUGAAGAUUCCGAGAAAAGCAAGAGUUUUAGGGAGCACAGAAGAGCCCAUUAUGAUGAAUUCCAGAAAGUAAAAGAACUCAGGCGGAAAGCUUCUUUGCUCGACGAUGAAGAAGAGGACGAGGAUGAGAAUGUUGACAUGGAUAAGAAGGAGAAGAAAUCUGGUUCCUCUUCGUUAACUGCCGGUGUCAAAGAAAUAGAUAUCGACGAAGAUGGUACCUCAUCAACCAAAAACUCUUCCGUACCUCCGGCGAAUGGCGCUUAGAAGAUCAAGCCAAAGCUAAGACUUCCCUUGAUCAUUUCACUGACAUUUGGAUUACAGUUUUCGGUUCCUUCUCGAUAAGAAUAUAUGCUCAUCUGACUGCAAUUUGUAUCUUUUUAUUAAGCUUUUUGUUUGUAAAUAGUUCAACUUUAUUUACUUUUCAUAAAACAAUGUCCGAGCAAGUGUCCUUCUACCACACCACAGUGGUGGAGAGGAACGACGCCUUUGCAUGACAGGAGGGUUUAAUCCUCGUCAGUGGCAAACUGAUUCUAACUUCACGACAA